CACCUCAAAGCCUGCAUGUAAGAACAUCUACUGGGAAAUUAUUUUAAUCAGACACCAGCAGAGUGGGAGAAAGAAAAAGUACAGAGGAGAGCAAACAAACUCCCCGGGUUGUGGAUGUAACAGGAGCCGGCUGCAGCGAUGGACUGGCGCUCCUUCAGCACAGCUGCCCUGCUCGCUUUCCUGGUGGUGCUUGAAGUUAACAGUGAAUUUCAAAUCCAGGUAAGAGAUCAUAAUGCCCAAAACGGUACCAUCAAAUGGCAUUCCAUCAGAAGGCAGAAACGAGAAUGGAUCAAGUUCGCUGCAGCCUGUCGGGAAGGUGAAGACAACUCAAAAAGAAACCCAAUUGCCAAAAUUCAUUCAGAUUGUGCUGCAAACCAACCAGUGACAUACCGCAUCUCUGGAGUGGGAAUUGACCAGCCACCUUAUGGAAUCUUUAUUAUUAAUCAAAAAACCGGUGAAAUCAAUAUAACAUCCAUUGUUGAUCGUGAAGUCACUCCCUAUUUCAUUAUCUACUGCCGAGCACUGAAUGCACAAGGUCAAGAUUUGGAGAAUCCACUGGAGCUCAGAGUCAGAGUGAUGGAUAUAAACGACAACCCUCCCGUGUUUUCCAUGACUACAUAUGUAGGACAAAUAGAAGAAAAUUCUAAUGCAAACACACUGGUCAUGAAGCUCAGUGCUACCGAUGCUGAUGAGCCAAAUAACUUGAACUCAAUGAUAGCCUACAAGAUCAUAAGACAGGAGCCUUCUGAAUCAUCAAUGUUCCUCAUCAACAGAAAAACUGGAGAAAUCAGAACAAUGAAUAACUUUCUAGACAGAGAGCAAUAUAGCCAGUAUUCCCUUGUGGUGAGAGGCUCAGACCGUGACGGUGGGGCAGACGGCAUGUCUGCGGAAUGCGAGUGCAGCAUCAGCAUCCUGGAUGUCAAUGACAACAUCCCGUACUUUGAUCAGUCAUCUUAUGACAUCAAAAUUGAAGAAAAUGCACUGCACUCCCAGCUAAUGGAGAUCAGAGUCAUUGAUCUGGAUGAAGAAUUCUCAGACAACUGGAAGGCAAUAAUUUUCUUUAUCUCUGGAAAUGACGGAAAUUGGUUUGAAAUAGAAAUGAAUGAAAGAACAAAUGUAGGAAUUCUGAAGGUUGUCAAGCCCUUAGAUUAUGAAGCCAUGAAGAAUCUACAGCUUAGUAUUGGUGUUCGAAAUGUAGCUGAAUUCCACCAGUCGAUUAUUUCUCAAUAUAAACUCACAGCAACUAUGAUCACCGUGACUGUGCUAAAUGUGGUCGAGGGCUCCGUGUUCCGGCCAGGUUCAAAGACAUUUGAAAUAAACGGUAAAAUGGACGCGAAUUACAAAGUGGGAAAGUUUGUAGCGACAGACCUGGACACGGGUGUAGAUUCCACAAAUGUUAGAUACGUCAUGGGAAAUAACCCAGAGAACCUGCUGGCUGUUGAUUCAAGAACAGGCGUAAUAACUUUAAGAAAUAGAGUUACUAUGGAGCAAUACCAAAGGCUGAAUGGGAGAUAUGAAGGAACACUGCUAUCAAUAGAUGAUUCCCUUCAGAGGACCUGCACUGGGACAAUUGUCGUUCGUCUUAGUGGCUCUGUCUGGGACCAAGAUGCAAACGGCGGUGGCAGUGGCAGUGGCGGUAGCAGUGGCGGUACCAGUGGUGGUACCAGUGGCGGUGACCGUGAGGACGGCCAAGUGACUAAUGGAUAUCAAGGCACUUCCACUGAGGGACCGCAACGCACCACAGGAACAUGGCAAGGCGGAGAGUACAGCACUCCCUCUAGGCAAAAUAUCGAAGACCCCGAUCUAGUUGAAAACUCGUUCGACAACGUUCACCUAGGUCCUGCAGGCAUCGGGCUGCUCGUCAUGGGUUUCCUAAUCUUGGGAUUGGUUCCAUUCUUGCUGAUCUGCUGUGAUUGUGGAGGGGCCCCUGGUGGUGGAGCUGGAUUUGAACCUGUUCCAGAAUGUUCUGAUGGAGCAAUUCACACGUGGGCUGUAGAAGGGCCACAGCCGGAACCCCAUGAUGGUAUAACCACCAUCUGUGUGCCACAAAUGCCACCUGGUAAUGCCAAUAUUAUAGAAUGUAUUGACAACUCAGGAGUUUAUACAAAUGAAUACUGUGGCAGAGAAAUGCAAGAUCUUGGAGGAGGAGAAAGAACUACAGGAUUUGAACUAAUGGAUGGAGUUAAAACAUCAGCUGCACCUGAGAUAUGCCAAGAAUAUUCAGGAACAUUAAGAAGAAAUUCAAUGAGAGAAUGUAGAGAUGGGGGUCUCAAUAUGAAUUUCAUGGAAAGCUAUUUCUGCCAGAAAGCCUACGCUUAUGCGGAUGAGGAUGAAGGCCGUCCGUCCAAUGACUGCUUGCUCAUCUACGACAUCGAAGGUGUGGGCUCCCCUGCAGGCUCCGUGGGCUGCUGCAGCUUCAUUGGAGAAGAUCUAGAUGAAAGCUUUCUGGAUACCUUGGGGCCCAAGUUUAAGAAGUUGGCAGAUAUCAGCCUGGGAAAAGAAAUAGACUCAUACCCAGAUCCUGAUCCUUCUUGGCCUCCUCAGAGCACUGAACCGACGUGCCCCCAGCACACAGAGCUUGCUAGUGGACACCCACCCAUCUCCCCACAUUUUGGCACUACCACAGUCAUUUCUGAGAACACCUACCCCUCUGGCCCUGGAGUACAGCAUCCUAUGCCAAUUCCUGAUCCUCUGGGCUAUGGUAAUGUCACUGUGAGGGAGUCCUAUACCACCUCUGGCACUCUGAAACCCUCUGUCCACUUUCAUGAUAACCGGCAGGCUUCCAAUGUGGUGGUGACAGAGAGGGUGGUGGGCCCCAUCUCUGGCGCUGAUUUGCAUGGGAUGUUAGAGAUACCCGACUUAAGAGAUGGAUCAAAUGUUAUAGUGACAGAAAGGGUAAUAGCACCCGGCUCAAGUCUACCCACCUCUCUAACCAUUCCUAACCCUCGAGAGACCUCAAAUGUAGUUGUGACAGAAAGAGUGAUCCAACCAACUUCUGGCAUGAUUGGCAACCUGAGCAUGCCCACUGAGUUAUCAAAUGCCCACAACGUGAUUGUGACAGAGAGAGUGGUGUCUGGUGCCGGUGUGAGUGGAAUUGCUGGCACUGCUGGGUUAGGUGGGGUUGGAGGCAUAGGCAGUAGUGGCCUAGUUAGCACCACCGUGGGUGAUGGCGGCACUGGGUUGAGCAUGGGAGGGACAGCCACUAUUGGCCACAUGAGGAGUUCCUCUGAUCAUCACUUUAGCCAAACAGUAGGAUCUGCCUCCCCUAGCAUGGCUCGAAGUCGAAUCACGAAGUACAGUACGGUACAGUAUACCAAGUAAUCAUGGCCCAAAGUACCAUUCACCACCAUCUCUGUGAUCUAUAUCUAACUCCUGCCCCCCCCCCCAAUCUAACAGUGCAAUUUAUGAAGCAGAGCAGGCUAUAGGAGAGUUGUGGGGUAAGGAAGAGUCACAGACAGUAACGUAUGGAAACAUCGCCAUGGGGAAGAGUGCUCCCUAGCACUGGUAAACUUUUUCUUAUGGUAACACCAAUGAAAUAAUGACAGUAAACUCAAGGUACAAUCUUAUUUGUGGCU